UGUAGAUUAUACAUGAAAGACAUUGAAUCACGUUUGUUAGCUGCGAGCAGUUGUAACUACCAUGACGAAUUACAUCAGUUAGCCCACAUUUCUGUAACAAACACGUUAACCAACGAAACGUACAUUCACACGUAAAUACCUUCUGUCGGAAGAGUCAAUCAUGUGGACUUCUCGUCUUGGCAGCAUUGUCCUUCGCUACACGGUUCGGAUUACAACUAGCCCUGCUGUUUCUUUGCGACAGAGCUUUUCACAGUCAUCAUCCAAGAACACUGCCAUUGUGGAGCGUUGGUGGCAGGUCCCUCUGGCAAAAGAAGGUAGUCCUCCAAGACUCCACCCUCGACGGCAUCGGGUCUACAAAUUGGUGGAAGAUACUAAACACGCCCCCAAGGAAAAAAUGGAGCUCAUCCUUACACAGACAGUGUCCAAGCUCGGAGGACGAGGAGACACAGUUUUUGUGAAGAAAUCUUUGGGUCGCAACAAGCUACUUCCUCAAGGCCUGGCAGUUUAUCCCUCUCCAGAAAACAAAGAGAUGUUUGCUGAGGAGAGAAGGAUACUACGGGAAGGGAAGAAAGAGGACAGAAUACAGACGCGCACUGGACAGCUGACUGUGGAUUUCCUGAAGUGUGCACAUCUUGAAGUCGAGAUGCAUACCUCAUUUCAGUAUGAAAUCACAAAAGAGAUUGUUUGUCGACAGUUCCUCCGCAAGCUGGGUGUGGUUGUGCCAAUGCAUGCCUUAACACUACCUGAGGAACCAGUCACAGGACUGGGUGACUAUUGGUGUGACGUUACAGUGAAUGGGUUGGACACCGUGAAGAUUCCUGUGUCCGUGGUCCCAUUUAAGCAUCCGAGGCUUCAAGGAAAGCAUAAAGACCUCCACAAACAACAGCAGGAAGAAACUAUGUCUCUAGAGCAGGAGGAAGGUGUUUCUGUACCAGAGGAAGAGCAGCUGAAAUCUGAUAACACAUAACAAAGCCAACAGGAGAAGGCCCAUGUCUUGGGAUUUCUGAGGGAUGAACGUUUUUCUUGGGUCAUGUGUCUUUGUGAUUUCUCACAGUUGUCUUCCUAAUGUUCAUUUGGAGAAGAGUAAAAGUCCUCUGAAUUGCCA